AUGUUUUUCAGAUGUUGCAGAUUCGAGGGAUUAAAUUCAAAAACUUAUCAAAAGGAAAUAUGGAAUGAUCAUUUGGACGAGAAGCUUGAUGCAGACACAACUCUAGUUCUUGAAGAAAUAUUUGUGACAAUCAAAGAAAGUGUUCAAGUCCCAGCCCCUCAUUGUCCAAAAUGUGAAUCCUGUUCGCCAUGUGAAAAGCCGGAACCCUGCCCAAAGCAUAAGCCCUGCCCAGAGCCUAAGACCUGCCCGGAAUGUCAGGUCUGCGAAAAAUGCAAUCAAGAAUCUCUGAUAGAAAACAACCAAAAAAUUGCCGAAGAAACUCGCGAAGAUAUUGCAAUAAGACUUCUGAAAACAAACUGGGAAGAUGCAUCGGAUGUACCUGCAGAUGCAAAAGACGUCGAUUUCGUAGAUAUUCCAGUGAUCAAUAACUUUGGUAGCUUUCAGCGAGAUGCAGAAGAUUAUAAUAUUUCGCGGGCGGGGUACGAGCCUAGACGGCUAGUUUGUGAUGAGCUUUCGGAGCACCUUCCAAAAGUUCAAACGCGUCAUUGGAUUGACGACUGCGACGACGUCCCCAAAUAUCCAGAUGAUGUGCUCAGUUUUAUUAACUUAGGCGUGGAAAAAUCAGUCAUCGAUAAGAUUGAAGAUGCUGGACUAAAAUCAACUGACAAGAAUAUUUCAACCCCAUAUGUUCUACUUGCAUUUGAUCUGUACGAUUUCGACGCUGAAGACGCAAAUCUGAUGCGAAUGGUCAGAGAAGCAGAAGCUCAAAACGCAGAUAUCAUCUCUGGCUCGUCCGUUGAUGAAAAUGGUCACUGGUUGAGCAACUGUGGCCAUAUCCACGUGAGCAACUACACUCUUGACAUUUGGGAUGGAUACUACAAGUCGAUUAGGAGUAUUAUGCACUGUGAUGUUGGCUCUGGCCCUGUUGUUGUUCGAAAAGAACUCUUGGAGGAAAUAACUGAAGACGAAACAGAAAGGCUCGCAAAAUGGCCCGAUCGCCUGGAAGUCCUUCUGAAACUCAACGACAGAGUUCGAUUCGUACACUGCCCAGACUGCAUGUUCUACCAAAAAGAAAGCAAAGUGGAUCGCAAAAACUUUAUACGACUUUCGAGAAUGUUCAAACUAACAAACUUCAAUAUCGAUAGCAACAAGGACAAUUAUGAAUUUACCUGCAACGAAGCCAAUAUUCAAUGCAGCACGUCUGCUUAUCAGAAUAAAGCGCUUGCGCAGGCAUGGUUCUUUAGAAACAGAUAUUUUGAAAGGAAAUUAGAAUUGAUAAAGAACCUUAAAACAGCCACCUUGUUGCUUGACAUCUUUGACUGGAAUGGUGAUGGCAGUUGCCGAAGAAUUCGAAAAGCACAAGCUUGA